AUGGGAGCACAAGCUGCAGCCCAGCCGAAACAACCUGGCAUGAUUGCCCAGAUGGCCGCUACCGCUGGUUCCGUCGCGAUAGGUUCCACCAUCGGCCAUGGUCUCUCGAGCAUGCUCUUCGGUGGCAGUUCAAAUUCUGCUGCUCCCGUUGCAGAGGCACCCCCUGUGCAGCAGCAACAGCAACAACAGAUGGGAGGUGUUAGCUGCGAAGUCCAAGCGAAAGACUUCACCCGGUGCCUAGAGAAGGCUGAUCUGCCUUCAUGCACUUGGUACCUUGACCAACUGAAGGCUUGUCAAGCGGCUGCCGCCCCAUACUAA